UUUGUAAAUAAAUUGCCACCAUAAACAAAAGAAAAUCUUAUUAAAUAAACUAAACAACGUUGGAUUUCCUCAACCAUUAAAAUGCCAGCCGACCAAAUACAAUAUUCCGAAAAGUAUUUCGAUGCUGUUUUUGAAUACAGGCAUGUAAUACUUCCACCAGACUUGACGAAACUGGUACCCAAGUCGCAUUUAAUGACCGAAACGGAAUGGCGUAAUUUAGGUGUCCAACAAAGUCCUGGCUGGGUUCACUAUAUGAUGCAUGCGCCAGAGCCACAUGUUAUACUCUUCAGACGUCCUCGCACUGAUUUAACCGAUCCUUCCAUGGUGUCAGCACCUUCAGCCCAAGCUCCCACUACAACGGAUGCGUCACAAAACAAAACAACCAGCAAUGUUCCGGUUAAAGGUUGAACCAAUUCGAGAUGCAUGUGUGCCAUACAGUUUUAUUUAAAUAUACAUAUAUACGUACAAUCAUCAUCCUAAUCAUUAUCCACCAAAGGAAUACAUUUUAAACAAGAACAUAUAACAACAAAAACACACUCAUGGAUAUUUUUAAAAAAUAAUUGUUUUAGCAUGUAACAUCAUUUAUAUUAUUACUUUGUAUUGUUUGCCUACUUCUAUAAUUUGGUUGUUUAAUGGAUUUCUAUAUUUUUUCCAGUCCAGUUGUUUGUUCACUUAGUUUUUUCUUCGGUUUUACUUUUCAUUCACUUUUUUCUAGACAAUGGAGAAAAAUCCAUUAAAAAUAAAAAUGUUCAAAACAUAAAAAAAAACUAAAGAAAAAAUCUCUUGAUUUUCAAAAAGAACUUGAAUUUUGUACAAAAAAGAAAUUAUACAUCAAAAGAUAAGAAAAUGUAAAUUUUAAAUUUGUAUCGUUUUCUAGAUCAUUUUUUAUGAAUAUGUAAAGCUAUUUUAAGUUGGUUUUUAUUAAAUAAAUAAAAAAAUAUAUUGAGGUAUUUAAAGACUACAA